AUGACGGUUUCAUUGAUGGGUCCAACACGUUCCAAAUUGAGAUUCGACUAUAGAAAUCAAACGACCUCCCUCAAGAGUCUUGGUCAAAGCUCGCCUGGUCCUUUGAUCUCACGCUGUCAAACGAAUCCAGAGGUCAACGCAAGACCGCACGCUACGCCUCAGCGCUGCUAUACCAUUAUUGUAGCUCAGCAUAAAAUGGAGGUGCCCGUUACUUUAAAGAACCCCGAUAUGCUGCCUCAGUUUCAGUGA